AUGAAGCGUGAGGUAGAUCUAUGGUUACUCCAAGUCAAUUCCUUCGGCUUGUCCCUAGCCUCAACCAGUGUGGACACUCAGGGAAACUCCUGCGCGCCGCGCACCGACCUAGCCCCGCAUGUCAUGGCGCUCGCCACACUCACAAAGUUCAGUCAUGUCUACACUUGGCAUGUGUUCGCACUUCUAGAAGAGCAAACCGCGCGCCUACACCAGGAAGACCUGCAGGACGACACAGUAACAGCGCACCUUCUGCCGUCAAUUCUCGUGCGCCUGAAAGACUCAAUUCAGUGCGAUAUGACGGCAGUACAACGGGAAGCCCUCCACGUGCGAACGAAGUACAACCCGACGCCCACAUACGCCACACAAGGGGAGACGGCGGCUGUCUCCUCAGGCCUCAGCCUUCCGCCCCGUCCUGCCCCGCGCUCGCCUGCGAUAUACGACGCGAUGCACGAGUGCUUUGUCCCCCCGGAGUUCCAAAACUUCCCCGUCGUGGAUGACGAUGGCACGGCGUCGUUGUGGCCGCGAAACUCCCCGGACGAUAUGCUGCGGCCCCUCCCUUCGCAAAAGAUGGCGGUGCUCUGGCAGCUGCACUGUCCCGACAAGUGCAUGCCCCCCGUCGCGAUUCCCGAGCCCAUGGCCGCGCGCCUAAUCCAGCGCAGCGUGCGCGCCGCCUUCACCAAGAUGCCGCGCAUGAAGCGCGACGCGCCGUAUGUCGAAGACGCGCAGGCCGGGAGAGAGCCCUCGAACUCGCCGCCCUCGGACGCAGUCGUCCCGGACCUGCAGCCCUCGUCCCCCAUGUCGGCGAAGUCGACGGACUCCCCGAGGCGUGGCCCGGACACGCCCGUCGACACCCCCAUCCAUUGCCCUCCCCCACUCGCGUCGCCGCUGAUCGAGGAGAUGUUCCGCGGCCUGAACCUGUCCGCUUAUGAUAGCGAGCCGGCGUCUCCCGUGCAGCGCAGCGCCAUGUUUCCGGGGCCGGAGGCGCGCGACGAGGAGAUGCCCUUGGGCCUCUACGUCGACGGGGAUCUGCAGGAGCAGCAGUUCCACGAUCACAGCGGAAUGUCCUUGGAUGGUCUCGGCGAGGGCUUCGGCUACCUGCAGAACAUGGACGUGCAGCAAGAACAACUACCGACGCCCCCGCAGUCGGCCUCUACGACUGACUUCCCCACAAGCGCGUUCACAUUCGAACCCGCCCACGCUCCUAUGCCCGGCUUCCCCUCAGAGCCAGUGCCCGGCUAUCCCUCUCAGCCGAUGCAUGCCUUUGAUCACUCUCAUGUGCCGGCAUUUGACUUUUCCUUGUUCGAGUUCCCGACUGUGGACGAGCCUGCGCCACCGUUCACACCAUCCACAAGCGCCCCUUCCUCGGGCAGCGCCUACACUCCCACGGAUAGCUCCGAGCAUUCUUCGAUGGGCGUCGACUCUUCCUACACCGCCCGUGGCUUUCCCAACGAUGCCAUCGAUCCCGCCCCCUGCCCCGCCUGCGCCUACCGCGACGACCGUCGAACCCAACUCCUCGAUGUCUAUCGACAAAGCCCCCUCGAAGGCCAAAGCCAGCGCCACGCUACCCUCGCCGCCGGUGUCUCCCACGACCCCAAAUGCCUCUCGCAAGGGUAAGCGCCGCGCCACACGCAAGGCCGCUAAGCCCACAGACGACGACGACG